CAGCCUCAGGGCUUGACGGAGCCCUCAGAGCAGCGCUGUGGCAGCACUAUUUAUGGCUUGCAAGGAGCUCCAGGCCUGGGAGAAGAGCAGCCCUUGCUGUCAGCAGCUGCCCUAGUGCUUUUGGAGGAGCACGGCCUCCUGAAGGAGGCUGUUGGGCUGCAAGCACAGGCUCGGCCCUCAGGGAGGGCGGCGAGGCCUCCGAGUGCCGCAGCGCUGGAGCGGGACUGGCACGGCCUUGGCUCCAUCCCGUGUGCGGCUGAGGACAGUCCCCCUCAGGCUGCUGGCGCCUCGGCCUCACGCAGGGUGAGCCGUGGAGUGCCUUGUGGGGCAUGGCCAGCAGCACGGGCCGUGCUGAGGAGAGCGGCCCGAGGGGCGGCAGCCCGGGCCGGCCCUGCCCGGGGCCGCGGGGGGGUCACCGGCCGCCUGAGGUGAAAGAGCGGCGGUGCCGCCGGCCCCGCGAGGGGGCGCCGCAGCUCCCGCGGACUACACAUCCCAGCAGGCAGCGCGGCGCCGCCGCAGCCCCACGUGACGGGCGGGGCGCUGGCCGGAAGCGCACUGCAGCGGAACCGCGCGCCGGUGGUACGGGAGCCCGAGGGGCAGGCGCAGCCAUGGUAUCCGGCAAACAGCUGGCCGACUUCGGCUACAAGGCCUUCUCCGGUUCCAUGCUGCUGCUGACGGUCUACGGCGGGUACCUGUGCGGCGUCCGCGCCUACCGCCUCCUCCAGCGCCGCCGGGAGCGGCAGGCCGCGGCCGGCCCCGACAGCUGACGGCGGCCUGCGACCCACUACCGCCUUUCCCGGCUGGGACGACGAAGGGCCCCGCGGAUCGGCCCCGGAGAGGGGGGAGAUGGGGCCUAAUAAAACCCUCGUGAAAAGCC